GUCGGAAGAUGGCAGAGCCGGAGGCUCAGCUGCUCUUGUCUGUGGGGCUGAUCGAAAAAGACACCAACGGAGAUGCUUUGUGGGUUUGGUGUUAUCCGUCCGUAACAGCUGAACUGAGGAGUCUGUUGCUGCGAAAGUGCUGCCUUACAGAUGAAAAUAAAUUGCUUCAUACAUUCGUGUUUGGCCAAUAUAAAAGGUCAUGGUUCUACAUCACAACUGUGGAAGUUCAGGAUUCUCCAGCCUUGAAAAAGGUGACCCACUUCUCCAUUGUUCUGAUGGCCAAAGACUUCAACCCAGAGAAAUAUGCAGCUUUCACUAGGAUUCUCUGUAGGAUCUACCUGAAGCAUGGAAGUCCAGUUAAAAUGAUGGAGAGCUACAUUGCAGUCCUCACAAAGGGGAUCUGUCAAAGUGAAGAAAAUGGAUCUUUCCUCAGCAAGGAUUUUGAUGCUCGGAAGGCUUAUCUUGCUGGCUCCAUCAAAGAUAUAGUAUCUCAAUUUGGAAUGGAAACAGUGAUCUUAUAUACAGCACUGAUGUUGAAGAAGAGAAUUGUAGUGUACCACCCUAAAAUAGAAGCUGUCCAGGAGUUUACCAGGACGUUGCCUGCUUUAGUGUGGCAUCGACAAGACUGGUCAAUUCUUCAUUCAUAUGUACAUCUAAAUGAGGAGGAAGUGGAAGCCUUAAAAGCCUGCACAGGUUACAUUGCUGGAUUUACAGAUUCUGAAGUCAGCAGUAGACCAGACCUCUACGAUGUGUACGUGAAUUUGGCAGAUACUGAGAUCACAGUUUCCCCUCUAGUAAAAGAGGCAAUGACCAUGGGAAAACUUCACAAAGAAAUUGGGCAGCUAAUUGUUCAAUCUGCAGAAGAUCCAGAUAAGUCAGAUAGCCAAGUCAUUAAGGAUCUCUCUCUGAAGACAAAAGAAGUCUUGGCCACUUUAGCCUCACUUACUGAAGUUUCUGAUGGCCAUGAUAGACCAACCCUUAACGCUGAGGCCCUGAAGCAAAAACGAUUUCCACCAGCUACAGAAAACUUCCUUUUUCAUUUAGCAGCUGCUGAACAAAUGCUCAAAAUCUGAUUUUUGAAGCACUGCAGCGUUGUGGACCAAUUCAGAAACACUUUUCUUUGCCAUACAGAUAGGUAUACCUGGCUUUUUUAUAUGGAAAAAUUAAAGGUAUAAGAGUAAGUGUCAUAUUUACCCUGAUGGAAUGCAGAAUAUUGGAGCUUGAUGUGGAACAUCUGGAGGCAUAUUUGGGAACGUUCCUGGUAGUGUUGUCUUCCUUAGCUAUCAUUUCUAUGUAGGGCUCCUGUAUUUCAUAUCACAGCCUGAGUGCAUACACAAGUAGCAUGUGCCUGUGUGUUCAGGCUGUGCCAGACAUCAUUACAGCAGCUGUUUGUCCUGCAGGUCCCAGGUGACAGACAGCUUUUAUUCUUGUUCUGACCUGUCUUCCUGGUCUCUGGAACAUGGGCUGCAGCACACAGGUUGUGUAAACCCAGCACAUUUUGGAUGUGCUAGUCUCUCUGCACAGGGAUGCGCUGAACACGUAGCUGGUCUGAGUGCUCGUUCUGGGCUUCCAGGUAUGUCAGCCUGUCAGAAAGUGCUCUUGCUCUGCACUGCCUGAUACCUGCAAAUCCCAAAUAAAUGGAGAAGUUUGCUUUUGGAAGUGUCUAGGUUUGGGGGAAAAAAAAAAGGGGGCAAAUCUGACAUGGUAGCCCUGGUAUAUAAAGGAAGAGGUAUUUUAAAGCUCAGGUGGGAGUUGAGCACCUCUUUUGGACUCUUGCCUUAGAGGUUUUCUCUCCUUUCACUCCAUCCCAUGCCUCUGGUGGAAGAAAGAGAGGACAGGAUUGCUACAUUUAAGAUGAGACUUCCUUGGUGAGGGGGGGGGGGGGUCACAGACAAACGCUGCUUUGCAGCUACAGUGACUUAAAAACAUCGUUAGAUAUCUGAGAACUCCUUCCUGAUCCAUGUGACAGAAAAAUCAGCUGUGUUAAAGCCUGCUGACCUAGAUAGGUUCAAACAUCCAGGUACCACAGUUAGAGAGCAGCAGCCUCGUGAUGGGCUUGAGCUGUAACACAGGUACUAGCUGAUGGUGCUCUGUAGACUAAAUCUAGAUGGAAACUUUUGAAGUAAUAAGUGACCUCUUGGAAAUAGUUUAGACAAAAGGAAAGUUUGCCUACUUGUUUGGUUGCAGAGCCAUAACUUGAGAGAUUAUUUUUUUUCUUUAUGGAGCAGCCUGAAACUUAACUGCUUUGUAAUCUUCUGAGAAGAAUUUAGUGUCUUUGUUAGGAAAAUACUCUGAGCCAAACUAUCUUUCUUCAGAUAUGUCCACAGCAAAUCAGUUCUGCAGUAAGCACUUUGUUAUAAGAUUAAAAACCUUUUUUUCUUGGCCUUUGUACAGCUAGGCUGUAGCAUGUGAUUUUACAUAGAGAUUUUAUACUGAUGAUUAAAACUUUAGGAAAUGGAUAUUUAUAUUGUGAAAUAAUGGGAUGCUUGCUGUUCUGAGACUGGUAGAGCUCAGCAGGAAGUAGGUGCAAGCACUGUUAGUGGGAAAAAGGGCUGUCCUGCUAGGGAUCACACAUUGGACAAAUCCAUUUUAAGAACCAGGAUAAGGAUUUGGCAUCUGUGUCUGAGAUGGGUCAUUAUUACAGUCAGGAAAUGGAAGGGCUUCAGAAUAAUCCCCUAUUUUCAGGGGUGGAAAAUGCUCCUUUAAACACUUAGUCUGCAGUUUGAACACAGAAGCCAGUGCUUUAUUUGUUUGUUUUAAACACAUUGCAAUUGCCUUUGUUUCCCUGCAAGUGCUCUGCAGCUUUUGUUGUGGUUUUUCGGUUGGUUGGUUGAUUUUGGUGGUGUUUCUUCCCCUCCUCCAUUUGCCCAUUAAUGUUUUUUUCAUAUGCUCCUUUAGUAUUGUUGUUUCUGGUUUGGGAUUUCUACAACAGUGGGAACAGCAGAACUGUAAACUUAGGCUGAAAAUUCCAUGCCUGACCUACUGUAACAAAAGCCUUUCACCAAGACAAACCUGGAACAUGCUUUCAAUCAUCUGUCUUAGCACCACAUUGUAACUGGGAGGCAAUUCCCAUAGGUUGUCAUUAACAAAAAGCCUUAAGGUGUUGGAAUGGGUGUUGGAGGCAGCCCUGAAAAGCAGAGGCCUGAGCACUGAAUGCUUCACUUUGCUUUCUGUUUUGGAACCGGUUUCAGUUGAAAGCCUUUGGUGUUGUGUUAGAUCUUCUAUUCUGAUGUUUGUGUGAAACAAACCCAAUUUUGCACUUAAGGAACUGGACUCAUAGCAUGUUUAUGCCUAUUAAAAAAAAAUCCUGAACAGCCUA